CGGGUUGCAGGCUCCCGGGCGCGCACGCUCCCCUCAGCCGGUGGGUCGGUCCUCCCGCCGGCCCUCUCCGCCCCGUUCCACGGGGGAGGCGCGGUGGAGCCCGCCCCCAGGGUCCCCCCGAUGGGGUUGAAGCGGCGUCGGCGGCAGCGGAAUAACCGAGCCGGAGCGUGAGCGGCCCCGGGGCCCGGUUUCCCCCCGCGGAGGCCAUGGGCGACUCAGCCCCAGCCCGCAGCCUGGACGACAUCGACCUGUCCGCCUUGCGGGACCCAGCUGGAAUCUUUGAGCUGGUGGAGGUGGUUGGCAAUGGAACCUACGGACAGGUGUACAAGGGUCGGCAUGUCAAGACUGGGCAGCUGGCUGCCAUCAAGGUCAUGGAUGUCACGGAGGAUGAGGAGGAAGAGAUCAAACAGGAGAUCAACAUGUUGAAAAAGUAUUCUCACCACCGCAACAUUGCCACCUACUAUGGGGCCUUCAUCAAGAAGAGCCCCCCUGGGAAUGAUGACCAGCUCUGGCUGGUGAUGGAGUUCUGUGGUGCUGGUUCAGUGACUGACUUGGUAAAGAACACAAAAGGGAACGCCCUGAAGGAGGACUGUAUUGCCUACAUCUGCAGGGAGAUUCUCAGGGGUCUGGCCCAUCUCCAUGCCCACAAGGUGAUCCAUCGAGACAUCAAGGGACAGAAUGUGUUGCUGACAGAGAAUGCCGAGGUCAAGUUAGUGGACUUUGGGGUGAGUGCUCAGCUGGACCGCACUGUGGGCAGGCGGAACACUUUCAUUGGGACCCCAUACUGGAUGGCCCCAGAGGUCAUUGCCUGUGAUGAGAACCCCGAUGCCACCUAUGAUUACAGGAGUGACAUUUGGUCUCUAGGAAUCACAGCCAUCGAAAUGGCAGAGGGAGCCCCCCCUCUGUGUGACAUGCAUCCCAUGCGAGCCCUCUUCCUCAUCCCUCGGAACCCACCACCUAGGCUCAAGUCCAAGAAAUGGUCUAAGAAGUUCAUUGACUUCAUUGACACCUGUCUGAUCAAGACUUACCUGAGCCGCCCACCAACAGAGCAGCUGCUCAAGUUUCCCUUCAUUCGAGACCAGCCCACGGAGCGGCAGGUCCGCAUCCAACUCAAGGACCACAUUGAUCGCUCCCGGAAGAAGCGGGGUGAGAAAGAGGAAACGGAGUAUGAGUACAGUGGCAGUGAAGAAGAAGAUGACAGCCAUGGAGAGGAAGGAGAGCCAAGCUCCAUCAUGAAUGUGCCUGGGGAGUCUACACUACGCCGUGAAUUCCUCCGACUCCAGCAGGAGAAUAAGAGCAACUCAGAGGCUCUAAAGCAGCAGCAGCAACUGCAGCAGCAACAGCAGAGAGACCCAGAGGCCCACAUCAAACACCUGCUGCACCAGCGGCAGCGCCGCAUAGAGGAGCAGAAGGAGGAACGGCGGCGAGUAGAGGAGCAACAACGGCGAGAGCGAGAGCAGCGGAAGCUGCAGGAAAAAGAGCAGCAGAGGCGGCUGGAGGACAUGCAGGCCCUGCGUCGGGAGGAGGAGCGGCGGCAGGCAGAGCGCGAGCAGGAAUACAAACGGAAGCAGCUCGAGGAGCAGCGGCAGUCCGAGCGGCUCCAGAGGCAGCUGCAGCAGGAGCAUGCCUACCUCAAGUCCCUGCAGCAGCAGCAACAGCAGCAGCAGCUCCAGAAGCAGCAGCAGCAACAGCAACAGAUCCUGCCUGGGGACAGAAAGCCUCUGUAUCACUACAGCCGGGGCAUUAAUCCUGCUGAUAAGCCAGCCUGGGCCCGAGAGGUAGAAGAAAGAACAAGGAUGAACAAGCAGCAGAACUCUCCCUUGGCCAAGACCAAGCCAAGCAGUACAGGACCAGAGCCUCCCAUUUCACAGGCCUCCCCUGGUCCCCCAGGACCCCUUUCUCAAACUCCUCCCAUGCAGAGGCCGGUGGAGCCCCAGGAGGGACCACACAAGAGCCUGGUGGCACACCGGGUCCCACUGAAGCCAUAUGCCGCACCUGUGCCCCGAUCCCAGUCCCUGCAGGACCAGCCCACUCGAAACCUGGCUGCCUUCCCAGCCUCCCACGACCCGGAUCCUGCUGUUCCCACACCCACUGCCACACCCAGUGCCCGAGGAGCUGUCAUCCGCCAGAACUCUGAUCCCACCUCUGAAGGGCCUGGCCCUAGCCCGAAUCCCCCAUCCUGGGUCCGGCCAGAUAAUGAGGCCCCACCCAAGGUGCCUCAGAGGACCUCAUCUAUUGCCACUGCCCUUAACACCAGUGGGGCUGGAGCAUCCCGGCCAGCCCAAGCUGUCCGCGCCAGACCUCGCAGCAACUCCGCCUGGCAAAUCUAUCUGCAAAGGCGAGCAGAGCGGGGCACCCCCAAGCCUCUAGGGCCCCCUGCUCAGCCCCCUGGCCCGCCCAACACCUCUAGUAACCCUGACCUCAGGAGGAGCGACCCUGGCUGGGAGCGCCCCGACAGUGCUCUGCCUGCUUCUCAUGGACACCUCCCCCAGGCUGGCUCGCUGGAGCGAAACCGGAACCGGGUGGGAGCCUCCACCAAACUGGACAGCUCCUCCCCAGUGCUUUCCCCUGGGAACAAAGCCAAGCCUGAUGACCACCGUUCCCGGCCAGGCCGGCCCGCAAGCUAUAAGCGAGCAAUUGGUGAGGAUUUUGUGUUGCUGAAAGAACGGACCUUGGACGAGGCCCCCCGGCCUCCCAAGAAGGCCAUGGACUAUUCAUCCUCCAGCGAGGAGGUGGAGAGCAGUGAAGAUGAGGAGGAGGAAGGCGAUGGUGAACCGUCAGAGGGGAGCAGAGAUACUCCGGGAGGCCGCAGCGAUGGAGACACAGACAGUGUCAGCACCAUGGUAGUUCACGAUGUCGAGGAGGUGUCUGGGACCCAGGCCCCAUAUGGGGGUGGCACCAUGGUGGUCCAGCGUACUCCUGAGGAGGAGCGGAGCCUGUUGCAUGCUGAUAGCAAUGGCUACACAAACCUGCCUGAUGUGGUCCAGCCCAGCCACUCCCCAACAGAGAACAGCAAAGGCCAAAGCCCCCCAUCAAAGGACACAGGCAGUGACUACCAGUCUCGAGGGCUAGUGAAGGCCACUGGCAAGAGCUCCUUCACAAUGUUUGUGGAUCUAGGGAUCUACCAGCCUGGCACUGGGGACACCAUCCCCAUCACAGCCCUGGUGGGCGAUGGUAGUCGGCUGGAUCAGCUGCAGUACGACGUGAGGAAGGGUUCUGUGGUGAAUGUGAAUCCCACCAACACCCGCGCUCACAGCGAAACACCUGAGAUUCGCAAAUACAAAAAGCGGUUCAACUCGGAGAUCCUCUGCGCAGCCCUCUGGGGAGUCAACCUGCUGGUGGGCACAGAGAACGGGCUGAUGUUACUGGACCGCAGUGGGCAGGGCAAGGUGUAUGGACUCAUCGGGCGGCGACGCUUCCAGCAAAUGGAUGUACUGGAAGGCCUCAACUUGCUCAUCACCAUCUCAGGGAAGAGGAACAAACUUCGGGUAUAUUACCUGUCCUGGCUUCGAAACAAGAUUCUGCACAAUGACCCAGAGGUGGAGAAGAAGCAGGGCUGGACCACCGUGGGGGACAUGGAGGGCUGCGGGCACUACCGUGUCGUGAAGUACGAACGCAUUAAGUUCCUCGUCAUUGCCCUGAAGAGCUCUGUGGAGGUGUACGCCUGGGCCCCUAAACCCUACCACAAAUUCAUGGCCUUCAAGUCCUUUGCUGACCUCCCUCACCGCCCACUGCUGGUGGACCUGACGGUGGAGGAGGGGCAGCGCCUCAAGGUUAUCUAUGGCUCCAGCGCUGGCUUCCAUGCUGUGGAUGUCGACUCGGGGAACAGCUACGACAUCUACAUCCCAGUGCACAUCCAGAGCCAGAUCACACCCCAUGCCAUCAUCUUCCUCCCCAAUACUGAUGGCAUGGAGAUGCUGCUGUGCUACGAGGACGAAGGCGUUUACGUCAACACGUACGGACGGAUCAUUAAGGAUGUGGUGCUACAGUGGGGAGAGAUGCCCACCUCUGUGGCCUACAUCUGCUCCAACCAGAUCAUGGGCUGGGGCGAGAAAGCCAUUGAGAUCCGUUCUGUGGAGACAGGCCACCUGGAUGGGGUCUUUAUGCACAAAAGAGCCCAGAGGCUCAAGUUCCUGUGUGAGCGGAAUGACAAGGUGUUUUUUGCCUCAGUCCGCUCCGGGGGCAGCAGCCAAGUUUACUUCAUGACUCUGAACCGUAACUGCAUCAUGAACUGGUGAUGGGCCCCGUACUGGGACUGCUCCACUUGGACCCAGCUCUUCUCCAACAGCCAAACUUCCCAGGCUGCCCCUAAUUCCCCUCCCUGGGCUUUUGCUUUACUGGUUUGAUUCACUGGAGCCUGCCGGGAACGUGACCUCUGAUCCCCGAUGCUUUUGUGAUCACGUGACCAUCCUCUUCCCCAAAAUGUUCUUUCCCCAAAACUGUGCCUGUCCCCAACUUCUGGGGAAGGACACAGCUCCCCUUCCCAGGAAUUGAAUGGGCCUUGUCUCUCCCCUUUAAUUAAGAGGAGAGUGCUUGGGGCUUGGACCCCUUAAUCCAUUGCUGCUGACUAGGCAGGGCUCUGGACCCCCUUAUUUGCACGACAAGGGAGCCGGCUCCCCCCUUGAAUGUACCAGACUCUGGGGGGGGUCACUGGGCCCUAGAUUCUAAGGGGGGGGGGUCACCAGCCACUCCAGGGGCAGGAACCAUUUCCUCAUUUUCUGAAAGCACUUUAAUGAUUUCCCCUCUCCCCAAACCCCAGGGAAUGGAGGGGAGACCCUGCCAGCCAAAACAUUCCCCCUUUCUAGCCCCCAUCUCUCCUAGCCUCUCCCCUUUCCUGGUAGGGGGGAGGGGAAGGAACAGGGAGUUCUUGCCCUCCACAACCCCUUGCUUGCAUCUGUAUAUAGUGUGAGCAGCAAGUAGCCCUUCUCUUCCCCUGACCCCCCUCAAUGUAGUGGCCUUGGAUAUUCCGUUUGUUAAUAAAGACAGUUCAACCAGCU